CGUCCCAUUUAAGUCCUCAGUCCACCUCCUCACCCAUGCAGGGCCUCCAGGAUUCCAACUAAUCCACAUUCUUUACCCUGUUCCACCAUUCCUCUCACCUACCUUUGGAGGGCCCCGCCCCCCUGAGGACCCGCCUCCCCGAGGGCCCCCUGGGCUCCCACUCCAAGUCCUGACUCUGCUUGGCCAAGCUCCUUUUCUUUCCCUGGUUUUGCUUAAGCUUUCUUCUCAGGUGUUAUCCUCUGAGGAAGAAAAAGGCCAUGGGCUUUAUGGAGGGACAGCAUAAAGCAGAUGAAAUACAAAGCAGCAGAUUUGAAAUCUGAGCAACAGAACUCGGAAGCCCCAACCCAGCUCGACGUAACUCAGCUUCAUCAAACUGAAUCCCAGACUCCAGGCUUCCUGUGCUUGCUACAGCUCUCUGCUCCUAGAACCCUCUUCAAUUCCAGCUACAAUGCUGUGUCAGGCAUUUCGCAGAUUUGGUCAAAAACUGGUUCGCAGACUUCCUAAGGAGCAACAGUGUCCUUAUGACACUGCCAUAAGCCUGAGCACUCUGGAUUUAGUGGUGCUGAGUGUAGACCACAUAUUGGGCGCAGGUGUGUAUGUCCUGGCUGGUGAGGUGGCCAGCAAUCAAGCAGGACCAUCUUUUGUGAUCUGCAUUUUGGUGGCCGGCCUAUCUUCUGUAUUGGCUGGGCUGUGCUAUGCAGAGAUUAGUUCUCAGGUUCCCCAUUCUGGCUCUGCAUAUCUUUACAGCUUUAUCACUAUAGGUGAAAUCUGGGCUUUCAUCACUGCCUGGAACCUCAUCUUCUCCUAUGUUGCUGAUACAGCCAUGGUGGCCCUGACAUGGAACUUAGCUUUUGAUUACCUGCGUGAGAACAGGAUCUCUCAGACCCUGCAUGAGAACAUUGCACCACACGUUUCCCGUGUCCUUACAGAAUAUCUAGAUUUCUUUGUUGUGGGCCUUGUGUUGUUCCUCAUGGAAUUGCCGACUCUGAGGAUUAAUCACUUUCUCCUGGUUAGCAGAGCAGUCACAAUGUUGAAACUUUUGAUUCUUAGCUUUAUCAUCAUCACUGGCUUCAUUAAAGGGGACCUGCACAACUGGAAGCUCACAGAAGAGGACUACGUAAAGGCUGGACUCAAUGACACCUCAAGCUUGGGCACCCUGGGCUAUGGAGGAUUUGUGCCUUUUGGCUUUGAAGGGAUUCUCCGUGGAGCAGCUACCUGUUUCUAUGCAUUUAUUGGUUUUGACAAUAUUGUUACCAGAGCUGAGGAAGCCCAGAAUCCCCAGCGUUCCAUCCCCAUGAGCAUUGUGGUUUCACUGCUCAUCUGCUUUUUCGUGUACUUUAGUGUCUCUGCAGCACUUACACUUAUGUUGCCUUACUACAAACUUCAACCUGGGAACACCUUGCCUGAAGCAUUUCUCCAUAUUGGCUGGGCCCUUGGCUACUACGUUUCCUUUGGAUUUUUCUGUAGUCUUUCUGCACGCAUCUUGGGCUUUAUGUUACCCAUUAAGCAGUUGAUAUACAAGAUGGCAACAGAUGGCCUCCUGUUCCCUGUCCUUGCCUGGAUCCAUGCUGGCACAUACACCCCCAUCAUGGCCGCUGUGAUCUUUGGAAUUAUUGCAGCCGUCAUGAUAUUCUUCUUUAAACUCACAGAUCUCUUGGACCUCAGGUCAAUUGGGUCCCUGAUAUCUCAUUCUCUGGUUGCUCUUUGUGUUCUCAUCCUCAGGUAUCAGCCUGAGGUGAAGAAUGGGGCAAAUGAAGCAGAGAUGCAGGAGGAGAAUGGACCUUCAGCAGAGAGGCUGACUCUACAGCGACUACUUUUUCCAGGCAGCUCCACCCCCACUCCACUCUCUGGCUGGGUUGUCCAUGUUUGCUCAUUACUGCUUGUUCUGCCACUCACUCUUCUUUGCCUGGUGCUGGCCCAGUGGCCAGUUCUACUUUCUGGAAACCCAGUGUGGAUUUCACUGGUUGUGGUGCUCCUGGUGUUCAUCACUGGGCUCACUGGUGUCAUCUGGAGACAGCCACAGAGCUCCAGUUGCCUUCACUUUAAGGUCCCUGCUGUGCCUUUCCUCCCGCUACUGAGCAUCUUUGUGAAUGUUUGCCUUAUGAUGCAGCUGACAGCUGACACCUGGUCCCCUGUUGGUAUCUGGAUGCUGAUUGGGUUUGCUAUCUACUUUGCUUAUGGGAUCCAGCACAGCCUAGUUGCUUAAUUCCACUUAAAUUUGGGCCAUGAUUUUAUAUACUGCAAUUUUGCUGAAUUCACUUAUCAGUUCUAACAGUU